GGAAUGACGCUUGAUUUUCCAGCGACAACCUCAAAAGUUCGCAAGAGGUAGCCAACAAUACCAAAGCGUUCACGCCCCUUGUUCAUUGUCCGUCUAGCCAUGAAGUAGAUAUUAAGUCCUAAAGCUGUUCGUCAUGGAACAGCCAUUCUCUACUUCCAAAGUCACAGUCGAGUAUUUCGACCCUCACGAUGUCUUCAAACUUCUCGCCCCCGGCUUAGUACCCCGACUUCCCCUGCGAAACCUACAUUGGCAAUCGCAUGCUGGCCCCCUCCGAUCCAUCGAUACUCUCCAUAUCGAACUCAUUCCAGCCGGCGAAAAAAGCUCCAUUACCUCACCCGUUUCUUCUCCACCGCCCUCCCAACCGUUAGAUAGCGCCGCCCGCGACGAUGGCUUCCAGACCCAGAUUGGAGCGGUCUUGUCCGCCGAUGCAGCUGACCAGCCAACAAACCGCAAUAGUACACCUGUGCGACGACAUCAGAUUCCCGGGCUGAGGAGGACUCCAUAUCUCAAGGUGCUAUUAGUACGAUGUGAUGAUAAUGAUUCUUAUAAGGGACACGUGAGGCAAGAAAUACGCGAUUGGAUCAAGACAAACACGCCCCCGUCCGGCUCCAAACGAAAUACGGCCGAAAACCACGAUGCUUUCGAAUGGCUUAUCGUUCACGUUGUUAUACCGAAUACCGUCGCUGCGACUCAACCUCGGGAUUCGGGUUCCGCACCUGAGAAAAGUUCGGCUGCGUCCCGAUGGAGACCCGGAUCAAGCACGCUCCUUGAGAAGAUGAAAUCCGAUUUCAACACCUCUAGCAAGGCAGCGAUGGAUCGAAUUGCCCAGAUACGAAUCGGCGUUAACGAUGUUCCCUACGAUAUCCUACCCCGCGUAGUGCCAGCAGUGCCCAGCGGUUAUACAGAAACACAACAAGAGACUGAGAACUCAUGGACCGAUCUUAUAUCCAAAUUUCGCAGCCUCAUCCUGUCAAGUUUCGACCUGCGAGUUAGUCAAUACGAGGAAGAUAUCAGGGAGAAGGAUGCGCAACGAAGCCUGCCUGGGUGGAAUUUUUGCACUUUUUUUAUCCUUAAGGAGGGACUUGCCCGAGGCUUCGAAAGCGUGGGUCUAGUGGAGGAUGCGCUGGUUGGGUACGACGAGCUUAGUGUGGGGCUGGAUAUGAUAGUUAAAGAUCAAGCCUCGACUGGGUCAAGGUCUGCCGCCAAUGCGCUGUUGAGUUAUACGGAAGAGUUAAAGCAAAUUGCUCUCAAAGCUAGAGCAGCGAUUGCAGGUGCCGAUUAUGAAGACGAAGACGAACUCGUCGACCUACAGUCGUCUCAAGCUGAAGAGGCGCAAUCUAAGGAGGUAUAUGAUGAUAUUCCCAUCAGCUCCACGAAGAAGUCCUACCGCGACAUGAUCGUUGCCAACAAUGUGUCUGUUUUCGACUUCAGAUGUUAUAUCUUUGCUAGACAAAUAUCUCUCUUACUUCGGCUAGGAAACGCAUGGUCGACAAGAGAGGAACUCCUAGCUAAGCUCAAGGAGCAACAAGAGUCGGUUCUACAUGGCGUCGCUCCACGAGCACCACCUCCCAAGCAGAAAGAAAAUGAGCAUGAAGAUCUGACUAUGCUUGCCGAAAUCUGCCGACGAACUUUGGAAUUCAUCCCAACGGUUUCCCAAGUUAUGAGGAAUGAUGUCUUCGCCGCGCUUUCGGAAAUGGCGAAAUCAGAUGGAGAUGACACCGCAGCAGCGAGUCGGCAUGACCCUCUAGUCUCGGAAGUGGUCGAUAAUCUGGUGGCCUCAUUUGCUUUUUCAAUCGCUCAACAGAUCCUAGCUCAAACAUCCACCAAAGCCUUACCGAUACCUCCAUCUACACUAGCUUCACCAGAUUCCCAAGAGCCAAAAGCGGCUAUACCUGAACCGAAGACGAUGAUGCAUCCAGCUAGGAGUUCAUCCUUGGCUAUACGGACCGGAGGUACUACUUCUACCCGUCCACCUCCUAGCCCGAAUGUCUUCACUGGGCGCCCGCCAGGUUCGACGGACGAUCAGGGUCCAUCCACAUUCUUAAAGGCAGGACUGGAGGAUCUAGCUGCUAGGAGAGCAGAGCUCUAUGCACUGUCGAGGAAUAUCCUUGCAGAAUGCGGAAAGAAACGUGGUUGGACUGAUGGGUGGGCUAACGUCCCAGUCAUAGGAGAAUCAACCAUGGUCGAUAUGGUUGACAUCGACCUCAAUGAAGAAGAUAAACCAGCAGCUGAAGACGAGAACCCACCUAGUCAUGAGACUGUGAUCUCGAUAUCUGGUGUUAAUAGCAAGCUGCUCAAGACAGCGCUGGAUAACAGCGACGACUUUUACCGUCUUUACGAGACACUCACUGAUAAAGCACUGCGACAUUAUACAGUUGCAGACCAUAAUCACUCAGUGCAGACUAGCAUGGCAGACAUUGCGGUGUUGAAAUACCACCUUGGCGAUUAUAACUCCGCCUCGUCCUACUUUUGGAGAACUACCCCUUUCUUUGGAGAAAGCGGUUGGAGUCUUCUUGAGCUUUCUAUGUUGGUAAUGUACUCGGAUUGUCUGAAGCAGCUCCAGCGAAAAGAAGAAUAUGUCAAGGUUAUGUUAAAACUAUUGACAAAGGCGGCUGCAGCCGAGAAGGACCGCCAGGAACAAAAGUUGGCAUUCCGAAUAGGCAAGGACGACGUCGAUUAUCCAGAUAGCGAAGCUAUCAAGGGAUCACUAGACGACCUACUCGCAGCAACCAAAACACUACCGAACGAACUGCGAAUACCCCUUUCUAGCUUCUUUUCCAUUAUUGAAGUUGAUGGCCCUCCGGAAUAUCACCAAGGACAAGACAGCAUUUCUAUCAACUUGAGGAUAAACAGUUUGCUGGCUGAUAAUCUUAAAAUUGACACUGCCAGAGUAAGGGUCGUUGGCAAUGUUGGCAAAUUGUCGAAGGAAAUCUGGUUUGAGCUCGGAGGCCCGAUAACAUUGAAGCCGGGCAAGAACCGGCUCAAACUGAAUAGCAAUUCGACAAUACCAGGCUCAUAUGAAAUCGACAAAAUAGAUAUUACAGCCAGCAAUUUACGUCUUCAUCACGAACGCGAAACCGGUCAACCUGCGAAUCAAACGGGAGAUAUCCUUCAAUCACCGCAUGUAACUAUUUACCACCGAUCCGAUACAUUAGACGUACGGUUACGCACAUCAAGUCAUAUUCAAUUGGAUCGCAACAAUACGGUGGACAUCGAACUCGAUUCCGGUUGGAACGAUUUAACUAGUGCUGAAAUUCGAGUCAAGGCGGCAACAGGCGGCCUAAGAUUACUCACCAGCGAAGCAAAGUGCAUUGGCUCCUCGGUUGACUUUUCCAAGCCACCUGAGGGUGGUCUGUUCCGUCUUGAAUCUGUCGCGCAGAAUGAAACCGUGCGAAUCCGAUUUCCAUAUACAGUAGAGCAAGAGACACUGAGCAUUUCCAUACGGGUCGAAGUCUCCUAUGCGACAGAAAACGGCACAUUUUUCUUUUCUAAAACACCCGUCAUCGAUACAGCUCUAGCUCUAGGAGUCAACGUACAGGAUGUCUUCAAACACAAGGCUCUCUAUUCUCGCUUUACUGUGUCGACCGCGAGCCAAAGCCCGCUACGAUUAUUCAAAAGCGAACUGUUGAGUUCGGAAGUCUUCGAAUCGGAGUUUGGAGUACCACCUAGCGCCCCCGUCGUCAUUUUCCCAAAGCAGCCAGCUAGCUUGCUAUACAAAAUCUCGCGUAAACUAGAUGUCAAGAUUCAUCCCAAAACUCAGAAAACAAUGUACCUGAGACUAAACUACAGCAUUUUACGAGAAGAGAUUGAGUCCCUAUUCGAAGAAUCUUUAACCGAAUCUUUGCAAGAUACGCCACUGCACCCAGUCUCUCGGCUUCUCUGUUCGACUAUUCUUCCACACAUUCGCCGGAGUUUCACGGGGCACGAGUUAGAACGUGCAGCUCUCCUGGAAUCCGUUCCUACUGCCUUCCUGUCUUCGAUUAAUUGGACGAAGUAUUUUAAUGGGCUGGGUAAGGCGCCCGACGGCACGGACUAUUCAAAGACUCUGGCGUCCUUCCUGCGAAAGUGGCAGGCCGAGAACCCGAAAUUAGAUUUCGAAACAAAUUCGGCACCCUCCCAGCCCAGAUCCAUUCUUAUCCCAGUAGAUAUUCCCUCCCUGCAUAUCGUACACACUGCGGACAUCCGGCUACAACAACCCUCACAACCUAACUUCACACCCCUCCCCUCGGGCUCAACCACUCCCACCAUUUGCACCAACCAACUACUACCUGCUGUCCUGCAUUUAAAGUGGACCCGCACAUGGGACACCACUACAUCGCCUUCCGAGCAAACCGAUCUCGAAUUCAGCUAUGAGCUUACUGCGCCACCGGAUACAUGGCUUUUAGGUGGUCGUCGGAAAGGCCAUUUCGUCAUCCCGGCCCCUUCCUCCUCAAACGACGGCAAAAAUGACCUAGGAGAUUACGAAAGCACCCCCGACACCGAAGCCGAAAUUCCAAUUCUCAUGGUCCCACUACGCGAGGGCUGGCUCCCAUACCCGAGCGUUGAUAUCCGCGAAGUCAGGCCUUACGACGAGAAUUCCGGUAGUGUUGUUAACACGCCUAUUGACGGACCAGGAAAAAGUGUUAGAGGUGCUAGUGUUAGCGGCCCGCCGUUAGCACAUUUUGAAACGGAUUUCCGGAAUCUAGGGGAGACAGUUAGAGUUCUUGCUGAUAGAGCGCGGGUUACGUUAAGUCUGGAUGCUAGUGGCCCCGGCGGCGGCCCGUUGGUAUUAGAUGUAGAGAGGUUACAGGGUGGUGAUGGGGCUGGAAGAGUUGUUGCGUGAGGUGAAGAAGGUUGGUGGGGUUGAUGUGAUGAUACAACUCUAGAGUAUGCGUGCAUAGGUUUAUGUCUGAUGUGGGAAGUCAAAUAUCAGCUGUCAACUACCUCUUAGCUAUGCUCCAAAAUACAAGAAUGAUUUAUCAAAAAUUUC